CUGCGCACCGCGCUCGCCCCGCCAUCGUUGUCGAACCGCUGGUGCACAUCAAGAUCGCCGGCGAUGGCGAGGCGCCGCAGCUCGGGCCGGGGCGCACGUCCAUGUGGUCGCCAUCGACCGGCUUCUUCCGACUGGCCGGCCAGAAGGUCGACGCAGCGACGGGCGCUGUGGUCACGACGCUGCGCCACGACCACAAGAACCUGAACGAGCCGAACCUCGAGAUCGAGCACAGCCUCGCCCCCGGCUUCCGCGGCCACACCGUGACCAGCGAGACCGUCUUCACCAAUGCCUCGCUCGACCCCGUGCGCCUCGAGCUGCUGACGUCCUUCUCGCUCGGCGGCAUCACGCCGUUCGCCGCCGACGACGCGCCCGGCCGCCUGCGCGUGCACCGCUUCCGCUCCGUGUGGUCGGCCGAGGGCCGCAUGGUCACCGACUCCAUCGAGAACCUGCACCUCGAGCGGUCGUGGGCCGGCAACAUGAACUUCGCGGAGCGCUUCGGCCAAGUCGGCUCCAUGCCCGUGCGCGGCUGGUUCCCGACGGCCCUCGUCGAGGACACCGACGCCGGCGUCGUCUGGGGCGCGCGCCUCGCCGUCCCGACCAGCUGGCAGCUCGAGGUCGGCCGCCGCUUCGACGACGUCGUGCUGGCGGGCGGGCUGGCCGACUUCGAGUUCGGCCACUGGGCCAAGACGGUGGCGCCGGGCGAGUCCUUCGCCACGCCGCCGGCGUACCUGACAUGCGUGGCCGGGUCGCCAGACGACGCCUGCGACCGCCUGACCAGCGUCGACGUGCCGGCUGCCGACGCCCAGCCCGCCGCCGAGCAGGACCUGCCCGUCGGCUACAACGACUACUGCACCAGCUGGGGCGAGCCGAGCCACGACCAGCUGCUGGCCGUCGCCGAGAAGAUGGCGCCGCUCGGCGUCCGCUACCUGACCAUCGACGCCGGCUGGUACAUGCCAACGACCACGCCCGCGGGAGAGGGGGGGUCGAGCGGCGCGCACUGGGCGACGUCGCUCGGGGACUGGCAGGCGCACGCGAGCCGGUUCCCUGACGGGCUGGCGGGCAUCGCGGCCGCCAUCCGGGCGCGCGGCCUCGUGCCGGGCAUCUGGAUGGAGCCGGAGCACGUCGCCCGGGACUCGGCCGCGUUCCACGAGACGGACCACAUGCUGACGCGGCACGGCCAGCCGCUGACGCUCGGCAUCCGCCGCGCCUGGAACCUGCACGACCCGUUCGCGAAGGCGUUCCUGCACGAGCGCGUCGUGCGCAUGCUGCGCGACGCCGGCUUCGGCUACCUCAAGCUCGACUACAGCGAGACGCUCGGCGUCGGGGUCGACGACGGGGCCGGCGACGGGCUGGGCGAGGGCCUGCGGCGGCACGGCGAGGGCACGCACGCCCUGUUAGACAGCAUCCGCGCGGCGCUGCCCGAGCUGGUCAUCGAGCUCGUGUCGGCCGGCGGCCACCGCAUGGAGUCGUCGCUGCUGCAGCGCAGCGCGCUGGCCAGCUACUCGGACGCGCACGAGACGGUCGAGAUCCCCAUCGUGGCCGCCGCCGUGCAGCGCCUCGUCCUGCCGCGCCAGAGCCUGAUCUGGGCCGUCCUGCACCGCGACGACUCCCCGCAGCGCAUGGCCUACAGCCUCGCCGCCGCUUUUCUCGGCCGCAUGUGUCUGUCGGGCGACGUCCUCGCGCUCGACGCCGACCAGCUCGCCCUCGUCAAGGCCGCCAUCGGCCUCUACAAGCGCGCCGUGCCCGUCAUCAAGCACGGGAAGAGCCGGAUCGGCGGUGACAUGGGCGCCAGCUGGCGCCACCCGACCGGCUGGCAGGGCGUUGUCCGGACCUGGGCCGACGCCGUGCUCGUUGUUAUCCACGCUUUCGACGAGGCGCCCGCCGAGUUCUUUGUCCCGCUUCCUGCCGGGGAGUGGCACGUCGUUGCGACGCUCACUCCGCUCGCGGUGACCAAGACUAAUAUCGAUGGGCUUUGGGUCGUCGGGGUGCUCCCAUGGGACAGCCAGGUAGUGCUUCUUGAGCGUGUGGACGCUCUGAGGUUGGGUUAAAAGAGAAAGCGAACAAAUUGCUGUGGUGCUGUGGUUUAGAUCUAUGUGCCUGGGCCUUCCAUUGAUGGCUACGAGUGAAGGAGCCCUUAAAGACACUGGAUAGAAUGCCAUUAUUGCUAUUGUUGGUCCUGAAGACAUGAUGUGAGGAAGUGAUAUGGGCGUGUUUAUGGAUGCUCGUCAGGGUUACAAAAACAACCUGACCAAGUCGCAAGCUCCAAGUGUAACCCUGGCGAGUACAGCGUUGCCAUGCCUUUUCUCCACCUCGUUAGCACUUCCCAAUGGCCAUGACUUGGAGUAUCUGUACCAGCUUUGGAAGGGCAUUAAAUUGGAGAACACGCCGCGUUUGACUCUCGUGGGAUUCUGGGAAUCUAAUGAUGAUUUUUAAUGCCAUUC